AUGGCAACAACAGUACAAAUUUUCACAAUUAUAGGCAUUCUAUGUACGCCUAUGAUUAGCAUAGCUGCUCUUGUACUUACACUUGCCGCAUUAAAUUUGUCACUUGGUGUACGAAGUCUAUAUGUUAAAUUACUAGGAUUAGUAUUUGAUUAUGCAACAAAAAUCAAACAAGAUAAAGAACUUUCAAAUGAUCCUGAUGUAUCUACUGAUGAAUCAUCUUCAGUACCUUCUCACACAACAAAAUCAACUAAAACAUCAGCACCACCUAUUGUAGAAAAAUCAGAUGAUGAUCCCAUUGAAAUUACUUCUCAAACACCAUUAAUUAGUGAUUCAUCAAGAAAAAUUGAUGAUGAAGAUAAAUCUCAAGAAUUAAUAACCACUGAUCAAGAUCAAAAAGUAACAAGAAGUUCAUCACAAUCGGAUAUUCAAUUUAAAUUAGGAGAUAUUAUGCAUUUUACACGUCAAGGUCUUGAAGCUAUUGUUGAUGAUGAAGUCACAAAACGUUUUACAUCUGCUGAAGAAAUGGCGGUAUGGAAUUUAUUAACACGUACACAACAACAACAUGAAUAUUUUUCUGCACGUAUUACAUUAUUAUGGUUUCUUGGAUUUUGUGUACGGUAUUUUCUAUUAUUUCCAUUUCGUCUUUGUCUAUUUAUUCUUGCUAUUUUAUGGAUGUUGGGUUCAGCUGUAUUUCUUAAAUAUUUUCCAAAACGAGAUGCAAAAUUACGUUAUGGUUUCUAUAUAAAUAUUGUUUUACAUCGUAUAUUAUCGCGUGUAUUUUCUGCGAUAAUAACCUAUCAUAAUACGGAAUAUCGUGCUAAAUGUGGUUCAAUAUGUGUUGCUAAUCAUACAUCACCUAUUGAUGUUAUUAUUCUAUCAACAGAUAAUAGUUUUUCAAUGAUUGGACAAAAACAUGGUGGAUUUUUCGGUAUGGUACAACGAACAUUAUCUAAUACAGCUAAUCAUAUAUGGUUUGAACGUUCAGAAACAAAAGAUCGUCAUAUGGUAGCAGAAAAAAUGCGUGAACAUAUUAAAGUUGAAAAUAAUUUACCAAUAUUAAUUUUUCCUGAAGGUACAUGUAUUAAUAAUACAUCAGUAAUGAUGUUUAAAAAAGGUUGUUUUGAAAUAACUGAAGCACCUAUUUAUCCAGUUGCAAUAAAAUAUGAUAAUCGUUUUGGUGAUGCUUUUUGGAAUUCAACUAAACAUGAUUUAUUUCAAUAUUUAAUAUUAAUGAUGACAUCAUGGGCAAUUGUUGUUGAUGUUUAUUAUUUACCACCGAUGACAAUUGAAAAAGAUGAAACAUCUAUUGAUUUUGCUCGUCGUGUUAAAGCAGCUAUUGCAAAACAAGGUGGUUUUGUUGAUUUAGAAUGGGAUGGUGGAUUAAAACGUGCUUUACCUAAAGCAGAUUUUAAAGCUGAAGAACAACGAAAAUUUUAUGAAAUGUUAAAAACAGAAUAA